AUGCUAAUCUUUGGGAUUAAUUUUAUUAAUAAAUUUUGGUUUUCUUUCCUUCAAGACACUAUCUUUAAUGGACUUGGACUUGGUGCUGUCAUUGGCCUGGGAGUGGCAGCCCUUUUGUUAAUCCUGGUUGUGACUGAUGUUAGCUGCUUCUUUGUACGACAAUGUGGAUUGCUAAUGUGCAUCACCAGGAGGAUCUGUGGGAGAAAGAAUGGUUCAAGUGGAAAAAGUAAAGAACUGGAAGAAGGAAAGGCAGCUUACUUGAAAGAUGGAUCAAAAGAACCAAUAGUGGAAAUGCGAACAGAGGAUGAAAGGAUUACCAAUCAUGAAGACGGGAGUCCAGUAAAUGAGCCAAAUGAGACAACUCCCCUCACAGAACCAGAGAAGCUGCCACUAAAGGAGGAAAAUGGGAAAGAAGCUUUAAAUCCAGAAACCAUAGAAAUCAAAGUUUCUAAUGACAUCAUCCAGUCAAAAGAAGAUGAUAGCAAAGCAUAAUGAGAUAAACUACAGCUGUCUGGAUAAUGCAUUUGGAUUGAAGUAACCCCGUGACCAAAACUUUACAGCUGACCUUAAUUUCUUGGGAAACUUAAGCUUGGAAUAGUUAGUACAUGUGUACAUAUGAUGAAACAGUUUCUGUCUACAGUUCCUUUCUAUUUUUUGGUUAAUGGUUAUAGUAUGUAGUUUUGCUGACACCAAGUCCCAUGGUAUAAAUUUGAAAAAUAUGCAGAAUAGGAACUGUAAUCUAUUAUAUGACAAAGUAUGUCUAUU